AUGGCAGCUCCGCGCGAUGAGAUGCCCGGACCGUUGCCGCCCAGCUUGGCGCAGCAGUACGACGCCCAGUCCCACAGCUUUGAGGCUGACCGAGCCCGCCGCUUAGCUCUUCAAAAAGAGCUGGAGGAGCUGCAGAGGGAGAGUGAGCACGGCAAGCAGGUGUUGGACAACUUGGCCGUGAAGAUUCAGUCGCUGCGUGCUGAGGUCGAACGGCAGCGGAAGCUGAAGCCCGAGAGGGGCUGCAGCUCCUGCCAUGCUGUGACGCUGCAGGUCGAUGCCGCAGCCCAGAGCUUACUUGGUGCGGCAGGGCAUGUCGCCAGAACACUCCUUCGGGAUCCGAGUGCAGACAGAUCCGAGCUGCUGGGCACGGUGCUGCAGUACGUCGAGCCA